CAGGACACCGGUUGGGAGGAGCCGGGACUACAGUUCCCAUGAAACCUCCGGGUACUACGUAACGCCUACCAGACGCAACCAGGACUGCGUUUCCUAGCGAGUUUCCGGACGCCUCGGAAAAGCAAAGGUAACGCUGGCUGCGCAGCGGCUGCAAAGCGGAUGCUGAGGGCGCCGUUGGCCCGGUGCGUGGUCCCCAUGGCCACGCGCGCGUGUGUGUCGCCGGCCAGCGCGGGAUCGGCGGCCGGCGGGCCCGUGGAGGCCGCUAUCCGCGCCAAGUUAGAGCAAGCCCUGAGCCCCGAGGUCCUGGAGCUGCGCAACGAGAGCGGCGGCCACGCCGUCCCAGCAGGCAGCGAGACGCAUUUCCGUGUGGCCGUGGUGAGCUCUCGGUUCGAGGGUCUGAGCCCCCUGCAGCGGCACCGGUUGGUCCACGCGGCGCUGUCGGAGGAGCUGGCUGGACCGGUACACGCGCUGGCCAUCCAGGCGAAGACCCCCGCCCAGUGGAGGGAGAACCCACAGUUGGACACUAGCCCCCCCUGCCUAGGUGGAAGCAAGAAAACUCGAGGGACCUCCUAAUACCCAGAUUGGGAGAACAACGAUCGGAAGGGGCCGAAUGAGAAUAAACUCCUAAGUCACUACUA